AUGGAAAAAUUUCCAUUGGGCAAAAAUGAUUUAGAAUUUGAAAUUAUUUUUAAUUUUUGUGGUAUUUCAGUAAAGAAAGCUUGCUCAUCUGGAGUUGAUACUUUUUCAUGUCAAUCUUAUGUGGUUAAUAGAGGCUAUUAUGUUAUUGGUGAUCCAUAUAUGGGUGAGUUGGUUAAAUAUCACGAAAAGGGAUCCGGAAUGACGCUAACCUAUAGGUCCAAUACAACUAUUGGAUGUACGCCAUAUCUUUAUAAAUACACAAAUCUAAUCCUAAAUUGUAACCCAAAUGUCGAUUUUAAAAUUACCUCAAAUAAUAACGAAUCAGUUAUAUGCAAUUUUGAUAUUUCUAUUGAUACCAAGUAUGUAUGUAGCAUAUGUCAAUAUAACUGUGGCAAAUAUGGUAAAUGUAAUAAUAGCACAGCCACAUGUGACUGUAUAUCCCAGGCAACAGGUAAUGACUGCUCAGCAUCCAGACUUUUCAUUAGCGGGGUAGAUUCUACAACUACUGAAGGAGGUACUUGUGUAAUUUAUGGAUAUUUCGGUGAUGUUAAACCAGUGGACACACAGAAUGUUCAAGUUUUAAUAGGUGACAAGCAAUGCACAAUUAUUUCAACUCAAUCCAAUCAAAUAACAUGUAAUAUAGCAGGUGGUACAGGUGUCAAAGACGUCAAGAUAACAUCAUAUGAAUUUUCAACAAGUCUAAAAAAUUCAUUCCAAUAUAUUGAAAUUAAAAAAAAGUGCCCAAAUGAUUGUACCAAUCUUAAUCAAGGCCAAUGCAACUCAACUACAGGUUUAUGUAUAUGUAUAAAUGACUAUACUGGCAAUGAUUGUUCAUUAAAGCAGCCAAGCAAAAUACCAGAUGUUUCAGUAAAUGAUACUACGGGGGAAGUUGGUUUGGGUUAUGAAAAAGUAAACUAUACAAUCAAUAUUGUAUCAUUAGUAGAGUUGGAUUUAAAUAAUAAAGAAGUAGUAGAGUAUUUUUUAAAUAAUAAUUGGAAUGCAACCAUCAAAAAUAAUACCAGUCUAACUAAUAAUGACAGCAAAAAUAGAAUAAAUUAUUUUAAGCAAGUUUUAAAAUCAAAUAAUAGCAAUAGUGUUAAUUUUACAAUUGAAUAUAUUGUUGAAGAAAUUUUAGAUAGGAAAAAAGAAUAUUCUUUUGCUGGUGUGGAUUUUACUUUGGAUCAAGGUUCGAUUAAAAUCUCAAUUUCAAUUACAAAUUACACCUAUUCAAAUACAUUAAAUACAUUGCAAUUAAGAAUACAGUCAUCUAUAGAUCAGCUAUCAAAUAAUGACAAUAGUAGGAAUGACUGCAACAGUAAAGAAACUUCAGUAGAUACAAAUAGUAUAAAUAAUAAUCAAUUACUAAAUUAUAUCACUAUCACUAAAAAUAAUAAAAUAUUUUCAGGUAGAUUUAUAAAUAAAUUAAUAUCUGAUCGUCGAGCCACUUUUAUGUCAACUUCAAUUUUAAAACAAGAUAACACAUCAAUUUUAUUGGGUUUAAAUUUACCACACUGUACAGAAUGUUUAAUAGAUCCAGAUUUUUCUUUAUUGGUGUCCCAAGAGAAUGAUUGUUCAAGAAAAUGGUUUUUACCUGUAGUUAUUGUUGUUCCAGUAUGUGGUGCUGCCAUUAUAGUUAUCAUCUCUACUGUUAUUUAUAGGAAAUAUAAAUAUAAUUUUAGGGUUAUGACUUUUAAAUUAAAAAAAAUCAAUUUAUUUAUGGAUAAUAAUGAAAGUAAAAAUUAA